AUGGAAGGCUGGGCGCAGCAUGCCUCGGAGUUUUGGGGUCCUGAAGUGUCUGGGGGUAGGAAAGCAGAGAACUUGGAGACGUUGCCCCGAACUUCGCGUGGCAAUGCCCAAAAGGCUGCCAAGGAUGACCUGGCAGCGUUGCGUGCCAGAAGCAGCAAUUCCCUCCACCUGAUGACCCGUUUCAUGGUUGCGCCUGAAAGCAAGUGUCGUGCACGCAUCAUUUCCUAUGUGCUGGGUCCUGAAACCAGGGCGGCUGGGCUCAUGUUUCACGAGCUACGUUCCGCAGAAAUGACAAAGCGCUACUACAGCUCAUGGUCCCACUGGUCGUGGAUGAGCGUUGCCACGGAAACCGUUGCCACCCUCAGCAACCUGAAGCUGUUGGACCGGAUUGGCAUGAGUUGCAGUGCAGCUUCAUCUCGGGACCCUGCAGCCAUUGCAGCAGAUGAUGUUCUUGCAAGACAGAUGUUCAAGUUGGCUUGGUCUUUGCUGAAGCACAGAGCAGGCUCAGCACUUUGGAACACCAACGGAGCUGGGAGUUCGGCAGGAUUGGUGCAUGAGGAAGCUGGAAAGGAACGUGUGAACCGAAAUGGCUCCCUGUUAGGGCAGCAGCUUCUUGUCGGACACCCCUUCACGACGCCAGUGUACCGCUGGAUUCUGCGUCCCCUCUCCAGUUGUGAUUUCGAAGUGGUGCCAGAGAUGGUGUUAAGCUAUCUCCAUAUGUGGUGGGGGUCCUUGUUGAAUUCAAAACUUGUAGAAGAUGCCAAUCAAUUGCAGAGAACAGAGGAAUUGCGGUGUGUGGCCUCCAAAAGGGUCUCGUGCCAGCAAGGAUGGUAUACCCUGACACAGCAUCAGCUUCUCCGCAAGAAUGAACGCACAGAGGUACAAGCACAGAGUGAUGUGAGAAUGGAAGCAGAUUUCAACUUUGAAGCGUUGUUCCGCUUCACGCAAAAACGAGAAAUGGAUGUUGAAGAAAGUGCUGAUUUUCGUUUCUUGCAAGACAUCACCAAAGACAUCACUUGGCCUAGCUUCACUCCUGCAAGCGCGCAAGAAUGUCUGAGCAAUUUCGCCUUGCUUGGCAAAAUAUGUCAGGAAGAGCCAGUCGAUUGGGGAAAGGUUGAGAGCUCACAAUGGGCAUCUUUCCUGCCGCCAGGCCACGUUAUUGUGCAACAAGGUUGUCCUGCACUGGUGCUUCGGGCUUACCGCAGAGCGUGUUUGGUGUGGCCUCUCGAAAGAGGCCCCUUGAGGUCUGUGAAGUUCCUGAACGUGGCAAGCCUAAGCUGGGCUUUUUGCUUUGAUGUGGCAGAAGUUCAAAUAGAAACUGUGACAGCCCGAUCUCCUCUUGCCAUGAUGGGCACGGAAUUGGAAAACCACGGCAUAGUGUUGGAAACCGGAACUUCGACUGGGCUUUGGGAGUGGCACGUAGAGCAUGGUUUUCCCAGUGUGCGAGAAGAUGCUUUGCGCUUUUUGUGUGCAAAAUAUGGCAUUGACUUGUCAGAGGAGCAGGGCGAAGAUGCAGAACUUCAUUUGGUAGUCCGGUGUAUGCUACACUUCGACCCAACACUGACGCAGGCAGAGGUGACAGAACGCGUGCUUCAGCGUGCUGAACUGCAAGUUGAAACUUUGGAAACAACAGAGGCUGAAAUCUCGGAGGCGGUUCAAGACACCUUGCUGCCUGGUGAACAACGGAAGGUCGUCGACAUAGUGACUACACAUGUGGCAAAGCGAAAGGACAGUGGUGCUGUGAUCAAACGAGCUGAAGAAUCAUAUUCCCGAACCAUGAAAUUGCUUCCGCCCAACAAGGAGGCAGAGAAAGUUCGAAGGCAAAAGGAAAAAGCAGAGACCGAAGCCUUGAAGUGUCAGCAGCGCAUCUACGCGCGAAGAACCUCCUCAGCCCAUGAGGCGUUGCAAAAGUCAUUGCCAAUUGGCGCUCGCGCGUACGCUGACGAUUUGAAUGGCAGAUGGAGAUUAUCUUUUCGAGGACACACCAAGUCAAUUUCUUGGACCGCUGCAGGAGCAGAAAAAGCUGCUGCUGCAGCAAUCAGACAGGUUUGGGCCUGGAGUGUUCAACAAGGAACGGGGGACACCCCGGCAGCAGUGUUGAAAACACUGGCAGAACUUGACCGCUCCGUCAAGUGA